CAGACGUCGCCGCUGUCAGCAAAGAUGGCGGCGCCCUGUGUGCGGACCGUGGGAUCGUUUCUGGUAAAAUGUGGGAGUUGCAGCUCGAAUAUAAAGUCAAUCACGUCGCACUUAAGCCGACAGGUGUUGAGCAGGCAGAUAUGCGUGAGCUCAGCCCUCUGCAGAAAAAACCUGGCGGCUGCAGGGCCGGAGAAGUUCUCCCAGGAGUACAUCGAGAAGCAGGCGGAGGAAUAUGAGAUCGGGAAACGCCACCUGGCCAACAUGAUGGGAGAAGACCCCGAGAACUUCACCCAGGAGGACAUAGAUAGGAGCAUCAGCUACCUCUUCCCCUCCGGCCUGUUUGAGAAGCAAGCUCGGCCUGUCAUGAAGCAUCCCGACGAAAUAUUCCCGAAGCAGAAAGCCGUCCAGUGGGGACCAGACAGGCGGCCUUUCCACUUCCUGUUCUACACGGGCAAACAGUCCUACUACACCCUCAUGCAUGACCUUUACGGUAAAAUCAUGAACGUGGAGAAGCACCAGGAUCGCCUCCGAGCCAAGGGACUGUUCACCCAGGAAACCAAGCAGAUCUCUCUGGGCAGAAGCAGGUGGUUCACGAAGGACGAGCUGGAGGUGGCGCUGGUGGAGAACAUCUCCACUCACGAUUACGACCGUUUCAUCCAGCUGAUGGAGCGCCUGCUGUCCAUGCCCUACUGCUCCAGAGAGGAGGAGUUCAUCCAGCGCUACCGUCUCCAGGUGGAGGCUCAGUCCAGCAAGCAAGUGGCGCCUCCGCUGGAGAAGGACGAGCGCGGCGUGGCCUUCAGCUCUGCAGACGGACGGAGGAAGACGUCAGAGUCAUCGGUCGUCCUCCGAGACUGCGGCUCCGGGCGCGUCACCAUCAACGGCCAAGACCACCUCAGCUACUUCCCCGUGCUGCAGGACAGAGAGCAGCUGAUGUUCCCGCUUCAGUUCAUGGACAUGCUGGGCCGCUUUGACCUGGAGUGCACCGUGAGCGGCGGCGGCAGGUCCAGCCAGGCGGGGGCGCUGCGGCUCGCCAUAUCUCGGGCGCUGCUCGCCUUCCUGUCUGAGGGACAGUGGGAGAUGAUGAGACAAGCUGGUCUGCUGACCUCAGACCCGAGAGUGAGGGAGAGGAAGAAGGUGGGACAGGAGGGAGCCCGACGGAAGUUCACCUGGAAGAAGCGCUAAAUUCAAACGUGGAGCGUUCACACUGGCUCCUUGUAUCCGUGCGCUCCACUUUAAACUGACCCUCUGUUCCCCCGGGGACUCGUGUGUCUUCUUUGGUUUAUUAAAGCUCUUGGACCCAGUUUCAUUGUUUCUACAUAGUGUGUAUUCACCGAGAUGUGAAAGCUGCAGUGAGCUCAGUCAGCCACCAGAUGGAGGUGUGUUAUAAGAAAUCAUAAAUGGAUCUGUUUAUCUGUGUAUCAAUAAAUAAAUUAAAGCUUUUCAUAUUAAAAAAAA